CCGAUGUUCAUCGUUCACUGUCCUGCCACGCUAUAAAGCAGGGUAGCUGGCGAGUUAGCCGAAUUUCUGCCGACCCAGUACCACCAAGGGGGGCGGCCGAAAUUUUGAAGGACAAUCGACUAAGGAUUCUUCGCAUUACACACGCGACAGCAAUCAAUUGCAGCUUAUAUCGUGCAAGAUGGCCUCAGCUCACAGCGCAGCGAGGUUGUGCGCUCUGACCUGCCGGAGAGCACCUCAAUUGUCCAGGCUGCCACGAUUGCAGGUGGUUGCAAAGCCUUUUCAAACAAACCGAACGAUCAGCACGACGACAUCGCGAUGGGCUGAAGACGAUAAGCAGGAGCCGGCAACGGAGCAACAGACGGAAGUUGAUUUGAAAUCUUUGCGCGAAAUGUACAACGACAAGAUGACACCAGAAGUUUUGAGCCAACUGGAUGAAUUGGCAAAGGUCAAUGGGUUCAACAACAUAGACGACCUGGCCAACAGCCAAUUUGCAGAAGGUUCAAAGGCCCUGUCCGGCAUGCGUGGAUUCAAUGAAGAUCUUACCAGAUUUGAUGUUGGAAAGCCCUUGCGCCGAGGUCACUUGUGGCAUGAUCCUGAGGACUUUGACUCGGUUCAGGAAGACCUGGAUCCUUUCGACGAGGAUGACAUGACAUCUCUUGCGCACAACAAGCUUGAUGAACUGCGCGAGCAGCGUCACUUCAACAGACUCGCUGUAUGGGAGAUGCCCCUCUUAGCCAAACUCGCCAAGCCCUUCGAGCCACCGACCGAGAAGCAAGUCCUGCGAUGGAGAUUUACGACAUAUAUGGGCGAAACGCACCCAGCAGAGAGCAAAGUCGUCGUGGAGUUCUGCCCUGAGGACCUUGGAUUGACCAAGGUGCAAACAGAGAAGCUGAAGAAGCUGGUUGGACCUCGCUACAACCCUGAGAAGGAAAUUGUCAAGAUGAGCUGCGAGAACUACGAACACCAGGCACAGAACCAGUCCUACUUGCUCAAGCUCAUUGACGACCUCAUCGCUGCGGCCAAGGAUUCCAAGGAUACGUUUGAAGACAUUCCCCUCGACGUGCGCCACCACACCAAGUCCAAGCCGAAGCCCAGGUUCCCCAAGGAAUGGAGAUUGACAGAGGAGCGUCGUGCUGAGCUUGACGCCAUUCGCCAGCGCAUCGCCAUUGAAGAUGUCAAGAAGGCCGACGAUGGUCUGCUGAUGGACGGCGGCAAGAAGAUUGAGAGCUAUCUCAUGCUCAAGGCAGCCGAGGAGCAGGAGAAGCAGCGUGAGGCAGAGGCCCUCACCAUCAGCGCUGGCCGUGGUGGCCGAACAGCGACCGCUGCCCGAGCCAGAAGAUAAGGGAAUCUGUUUGCCAAGCGUGAUUCGGAUGUAGAAUCUGUGUAUAAUACCAGGGAGUCUUGCGCGGAUUCUCUACUUCAAAAAAAUCCAGGGGGUCGCGUGCCCCCAAUUGCAUUGUACCAUGUAGAAACAACCAAUAUAACUUGAUUAUAAUCUC